CAUUUGCACAUCCUUUCCUAAGACGAUGAAGGGAUUACACACUGUCUAGAGAUACUGUGUGUGUUUGACAUUAUUUCCAAACAAACCGAUCAUGUUGGAGAUGCUUGAGUACAGUCACUAUCAGGUGCCGUCCCAUAUCGAAAACUCCAACAAGUACCACAUCCAGCAGAAUCAGAGGCAGCAGGUCAGACAGUAUCUGUCAAACAACUUGGGCGGAAAAGCUGGAGGAGCCCAGUGCCCCGGUCAGCAACCCGACCAUGGCAUGCCGCCCGGGCCCGGGAACAGCGCCCCCAACAGUCCUAUGGCUCAUCUCACCCUCACCUCUAACUGUGAGAAAGAGAUGGAUGACGUUAUUGACGAUAUCAUUAGCUUGGAGUCGAGUUACAACGAGGAUGUUCUCGGACUCAUGGAUCAAGGGCUCCAAAUGAACAACACGCUCCCCGUGUCCGGUAACCUUCUCGAUGUGUACGGAAAUCAAGGACUUCCACUCCCAGGCUUGGCCGUCAACAACUCCUGUUCAACCAACAUUAAAAGGGAAUACACAGCUCCUGGCAUGAAGCAAGUUCUGGGCAAACCUGGACAGUGCGACCCAUAUGAAAACUAUCAGAGGCCUGAUGGCUUUCCAGUAGAGGCUGAAGUGCGUGCUCUUGCAAAAGAACGACAGAAGAAAGACAAUCACAACUUGAUUGAACGACGGCGAAGAUUUAACAUCAACGACCGCAUCAAAGAGCUGGGAACCUUGAUACCAAAGUCGAAUGAUCCAGACAUGCGCUGGAAUAAGGGCACCAUUCUGAAAGCCUCGGUGGACUAUAUCAGGAAACUCCAGCGAGAGCAACAGAGGACCAAAGAGCUCGAUUGCAGACAAAGAAAGCUGGAGCAUGCAAAUCGUCUCCUGUUGCUUCGUAUACAGGAGUUGGAGAUCCAGGCUCGUGCUCACGGUCUCAGCGUGGUGUCGUCCCCUUCUAUCUGCACCUCCGAGAUGAUGGGUCGGGCCAUCAAACAGGAGCCCAUGCUGGACGACUGCAACACGGAGCUCUACCACCACACCUCAGCCCCGGACAUGUCGCCUCCAACCACACUGGACCUCAACAACGGCACCAUCACCUUCGACCCAAUCCCCCCGGAUUCUGCGGACCCGGGUCUGUACGGAAAUCCCAGGACCUGUAAAAUGAAGGAGUUGGUCAUGGACAACACGCUGUCACCAAUUUCCCCCAGCGACCCCUUACUCUCGUCAAUGUCCCCGGACGGCUCGGUGAACGUCCACCACAGCUCCAGUUCAAUCUCCAGCUUGGAGGAGAAGGAGCACAACUGUUAGUUGUUUGCGUCUGAUGCUCACGGACACUUUGUAGCAUCUCAGCAAUGGGACAAUCAUUUUUCCGACGUCUUGGUUGAUUAUUUAAAAUGGUAUUUUGUUACUGUAAAUAGAGAUUUACAUUUAGGGCAGCGCAUGACAAAAAUAUUCGGGUUGGGAUCAGAGUUUAAACAUCUGUGGCCUUUCUGUACAGAGUUUGCACAUCCUAUCUGUCCUUCUGUAAGCUUUUUCUGGGUACCAUGGCUUUCUCUCACAGCACAAGAAAAGCGAACGUUGAAGGUUGCUUGUCAAAAUGUGUUCAGUCUUGUGAUUGAUUGGUGGUCAGCACAGGAUGUACACCACACUGUUGAGAGGGCAGAAAGGAUAGUGAAGCUGACUGAACGGAUGAAAGCUUAAUAAUACCGUAGUACCUCGGUUUCUGUAGGCCCCCGUUUUUCAUAUGCCCCUGGCUUUUUGAGAUUGUCUUGAUUAUCGUACGGCAGAAACAUUGUGCAUAGCAAACUAGUCUGUAGUAAACUAGUAUGGCUCUGACAUAAGCCAACAUGGGGCCCCAAAAAGUUGCAAGUGCCAGCCAAGCACUUCAAUAAAGAGGGUGGAAAACACCAUUGGAUUCAAGGAAGAACUCCUGGCAAAGCACAAAGUUAGAAUUCGAGUGGAAAGUGGUGCAAAAAAGUGGGUAUGAACCCUACCCAGAGGGGGCGCUAAAACAUUAUUACAAGUUGGCAUUUUCUGUAUUUAACUUUAUUAAAAAAGCUUUUCGAAGUGGCAGUUCGGUAAGUUUUGUCAGUUUUUCAAUAGGAUUUUUGUAAACAACUACGUUAGCUAAUGUUACUGCACUGUAAAACCCCUUACCUACAUAUCAGCGUAUUGUUCAGACUAUAAGGCGCACUUAAAAUCCUUUCAUUUUCUCAAAACUCGUCAGUGCGCCUAAUGUGCGGGAUAAUUUUGGUUGUGCUUACUGACCUCGAAGCAUUUUUAUUUGGUACAUGCUGAAAGGAUAAGUGUGACCAGUAGAUGGCAGUCACACAUAAGAGAUAUGUGUAGACUGCAAUAUGACUCAAGUUAACAAAAUUGUUAUAUGUUCCAUUGAAAAUAUAGAACAUUACACACGGUGCUCAAAAAUAUAUCAAAAUGUUUUAGUGCGACUUUGGUAAGCUAUGAAGCUGCGCCGCUUAAAGGAUUGUACUGUGCUUCAACAUACAAGUAUUAUUAUGGUGUGUGUUAAAGGUAAGAUGUUUUUUUUUUUUUUUGCAAUAUUAUGCAAAAGAGACUUUUCUUACCUUCUGGUACGUGCUGAUCUGUAUUUGGAAUCUGGAUUAGUCCUGAAAAUGUGCGCGCGUCCGCCUGUGUAGUCCAUAACAACACCGUGGUCGAUAAGCUUCUUUUUCUCUAUCUUCUCGUUAUGGGACAUUCAUCCUCUGCUGUUGCCUUUUUUAAUAUAAAGUAGUGUAAAGUUCUUACUUAUAUCCGUCAAUAAACCUGCCAUGAAAGCGCUAAAACAUACAGAUGUAGUGAGUUUACCUUUUUCACCCAAGAAACUUUAAGUUAAUAGAGAAUUCCGAUCGGACGGUUUUUCACAGGACACAUUUGUUGUUGCACUAUUGAGCCACGGAUUAGGAGAUGCUCCAUCAUUGAUUGAAGUGAAGUCUGAAAGUCAUUAAAGCAGUUAUCUCCAUCUUUUGACACUUCUUCCCUUCCCGUCCUUGCACGCUACACAGCUACAACAAAGAUGACUGGGAGAAGACGCUGCCGAAGGUGAGCCACGUAAAUAAGAGCGCCCACAAAACGGCGCAUUCUGAAGCGACU